GGUGUGGGUGGUAUGGCGUGGCGGGGCUGCAGGAGAGGGCCGCCUUCUGUGACACUUAUGACGGUUAUGGUGACUUCUGCACCUGUCACCACCCGCCCUGGUCGCCCCUCCCACAACACCCAGUAAGAUAUUGCUCCUAUUGUCCAACUUACAAAACAUGUUAUAUAACAAGGAAAGAAAUUCCGUAUUGUGUCUUGCGGAAUUUUGGUUAACAUGUAAUGCUGUAAUACUUUAAAAUGUUACAAUUGGUUGUUGUAAGGUAUGCGGACUAAUAGUGUUGUGUAUGAGGUGGAGUACGAGAUGAAGGAGGUGAUCCCUGUGGCCAUAGUGACAGCUCGCCGGCUGCCCCACGUCCUGCGUCAGGUGGGGCAGGUGUGGGCCAGCCCCGGCGGCACCAACACACCCAUCACCAUCUUUGUCGACGGCCACAACCCCGAGGCCCAGGCGCUGGCUGCCCUCCUCCACCUCCCUCUAGUCCAACACCACAAUCCUGUCACAAGAGGCUCGACAAGUCGAAUAAACUCCCAUAUGAAGUUCGUCUUGACUAAAGUGUUCGAGAUGCACCUCCAGGUAGACAAGGCCAUCAUCUUGGAGGACGACCUGGACCUCGCGCCUGAUUUCAUCCCGUUCUUCCAGCAGACGGCGGUGCUGCUCUCCACGGACCCCAGCCUCCUGUGCGUCAACGCCUACAACCACAACGCCUUCAGCCACACCUCCCACUCACCCUCCCGCCUCUACAGAGUUCAUGGGGUCCCUGCCUGUGGCUGGAUGGUCAGGAGGCAGGUGGCCCGCCAGCUGAUCAGUAACUGGAUCCCUACACACUUGGGUAUAGACUGGGAUCAGUGGGUGCGACAGACCAUAAUGGGUGAUCGGGACAUCCUGGUGCCGGAGAUCCCACGCACCAAGCACCGUGGGGGAGGGGGAGUCCACGUCACCGGUAUAGAACAAGAGCAGUACUACAACCAGCGGCCCCUCAACGCUCUCCUCAACGUCACCCUCGACCUCCACGGAGCAGAGAAGGACAACUACCUCAAGGUCCACCUCGACAACAUUAGACGUGGACAUGUGGUGCGUUUUACCGCUCAUCCUUGUGAGCACCUGCCCAUACCCAAGCACCAGGUGAACGUGAGUUACGUAGUGUACAUCAACCAGCCCGACGAGACUAUCAACUCCUCCCGGGCCUACUACGUCGUCGCCAGGUGUCUGGGCCUUGAUGACCACAUCUUCCACGAGAACCUGCAGAUGAUGUACACAGCUUCCUUCUACGGGAACCAGCUCUACGUCGUCGGCUGCCCCAACUCCCCCUUCUGUCUGACGAAGAACCCGGAGGUGAUCUACAGCCCGACGCCAGAGGCUGUGACGCUAGCCUCCAACCACCCCUUCAGGAGACCGCUAACCAGUCAAAGGCGCAUCGCGCAGAGAGUCGCGCCCAUCUCUCUCCAGGACGAGGUCAGCCUCACCAACCUCUUAAUAUACGACUGACUAGCCGCGAGGGACAAGGGACCUUACCACAUAUGAGAAGUAUAGGGACAUGGAGAGAGUAGUCCCUCAGGGUACGAUGUUUGGAUGAAGAGGUGAUAUAAGUAUUGUCCAGAUCAUAAAUAAGACUACUGGGCAGAGAUAUUUCAAUAAAAUAUUCCAAAAACCAUCCGAGGCAUAUUAUAUCCUAAAAGGGACCGCUUGUACAUUUUUCUAAUGCUAUCAAAGAUUUAAAAGUCACAACACAUUUCAACUUGAGUAAUUUUGAUCAUUAAACCUGGUAGAAAGUAGUAUACUAGCCAGUGUCUGAGUUUGUAUGGGUAUACUUUGUGCCCUACAAUAUGCUCAGCUUCGUAAGCUGAACUGUGACUGGAGGAAAUAUUCAAAUUAUAUCACAAGUC